UAGGGGGGAGAGAGAGAGAGAGAGAGAGACCACACUCCCGUCGACCCCAAGUGCUUGCCUUGAGGUUACUUUGGCAUAGAAGAAUACUAUGGCUUCUGCCACCACUGCCAUGACUUCUACUGCCAAGCCAAUCUCCAAGCCUCUCCAGUGUAGCACACCACUGGCUACUCAAUCUGUUAAGCUGACGAGAAACAAGACUUCUUCCCUCACCACCCUAAGAGUACACUGUUCGGCACCCGCCGAUUCCCUCAAUUUUCCCCCCAACACCAGACCGGUCUACGGCGCGGGUCCUUAUUGUAAGAAGGCGACGACAAGCAUCGCGAAGGAAUGGAGUUUGCUCCAGCGGCUCGCCGCCGCCGCACUAGACGCUGUCGAGGACGGCCUCAUAUCGAACAUGCUCGAGCGGCCGCGACCCCUGCCCAAGACGGCGGAUCCCGCCGUCCAGAUCGCCGGCAAUUUCGCCCCUGUUGACGAGCGGGCCCCCUGCCACGACCUCCCCGUCCAAGGCCUCAUCCCACCGUUCGUCGACGGGGUGUACGUUCGCAACGGCGCCAACCCACUGUUCGAGCCCGUCGCGGGGCACCACUUUUUCGAUGGCGAUGGCAUGGUGCACGCCGUCCACAUCCACGAUGGCACCGCUGCCUACGCCUGCCGCUACACCAAGACGGAGCGCCUCCGGCAGGAGCGCGCCAUCGGAAAGCCCGUCUUCCCCAAGGCGAUCGGCGAGCUCCACGGCCACUCGGGCAUCGCCCGCCUGCUGCUCUUCUACGCGCGAUGCCUCUUCGGCCUCGUCGACGGCGGCCGCGGGAUCGGCGUCGCCAACGCCGGCCUCAUCUACUUCAACGACCGCCUGCUCGCCAUGUCGGAGGACGACGUCCCGUACCACGUCCGCGUCACUCGCUCCGGCGACCUGGAGACGGUGGAGCGGUACGACUUCGGCGGCCAGCUGCGCUCCUCCAUGAUCGCGCACCCAAAGCUGGACCCCGCCUCGCGUGAGCUCUUCGCGCUCAGCUACGACGUCAUCCGGAAGCCCUACCUCAAGUACUUCUACUUCUCUCCCGACGGCAACAAGUCUCCCGACGUGGACAUCCCCGUCGACAAGCCCACCAUGAUACACGACUUCGCCAUCACGGAGAACCACGUCGUGGUUCCCGACCAGCAGGUGGUGUUCGAGCUUCAGGAGAUGUUCCGAGGCGGCUCCCCGGUGGUCUACGACCGGGCGAAGACCACUCGCUUCGGCGUCCUGCCCAAGUACGCCGCCGACGCCGCCGAGAUGAGGUGGGUCGUCGUGCCCGACUGCUUCUGUUUCCACCUGUGGAACGCGUGGGAGGAGCCGGCAACCGGCGAGGUGGUGGUGAUUGGGUCGUGCAUGACGCCGCCAGACUCCGUGUUUAACGAAUGCGAGGAGAACCUCGCCAGCGUCCUGUCAGAGAUCCGGCUCGACCUCCGGACCGGCGAGUCCAAGCGCCGCCCCAUCCUGUCCCCAGACAACCAACCGAACCUGGAAGCCGGAAUGGUGAACCGGAACAGGCUGGGGAGGAAGACCCGGUACGCGUACCUGGCCAUCGCCGAGCCAUGGCCGAAGGUUUCCGGGUUCGCCAAGGUCGAUUUAUUCACCGGGGAGAUGAGCAAAUUCGUCUUCGGCGACGGUCGGUAUGGCGGUGAGCCAUACUUCGUGGCGAGGGAUCCGAACUCGCCGAAAGAGGACGACGGCUGCGUGCUCACCUUUAUGCACGACGAGAAGACGUCGGAGUCGGAGCUGCUGAUAGUGGACGCGGCCGACAUGAGGCUCGAGGCAGCAGUGAAGCUGCCGUGGCGCGUUCCCUACGGUUUCCAUGGUACAUUCAUCAGCUCAAGGGAGUUGGAGUCACAGGCCUAGCAAGAAAAUGGUGUUUUGGGGAGGAGAUGAUACCAGAGCGAUGAUGCCUGCGGAGGACCCCGGUGUCACCUCCCCAAGUUCUGUACAUCAGUUAUUUUUACAGUUAGUGGCAGUUAGGAGAGAAACCAGCUUGUAGCAGUGGGUUCCGUUAUUCUUUCCUUGGUUUUUUUUUUGUUCUUUUCUCCUCCCUGUUCAUGCUGCGGAUUGCUAUAAUAAUUGAUCACUACUCCAUCA